AGAGUUUAGUUUUUAAAUAGCUAUUAACUAUCAUAAUUUAGAAAUUUUCAAGAUAUUAAUCAUUAUUCACAUAAAUCCAAUUUUGUUUUUGAAUUAAAACAUAAUAUAACAUUAUCAAAAAUGGAUGGAAAAAUUACGAAAAUGCCCAAAGUGGCGAAGGUUAAGAACAAAGCUCCGGCUGAGAUACAAAUUACAGCUGAACAGCUUUUGCGUGAAGCGAAGGAGAGGGAUUUGGAAAUUUUGCCACCACCGCCUAAACAAAAGAUCUCUGACCCAGAAGAACUAAGAGAUUAUCAGCAUCGCAAAAGAAAAGGGUUUGAAGAUAACAUUCGGAAGAAUAGACUUGUCAUAGGCAAUUGGCUCAAAUAUGCUCAAUGGGAGGAAUCACAGAAACAAGUGCAAAGGGCUCGGUCUAUUUACGAGAGAGCCUUGGAUGUGGACCACAGAAAUGUUACCCUGUGGCUGAAAUAUACAGAAAUGGAAAUGCGAAACAGACAAGUAAACCAUGCAAGGAAUCUGUGGGAUAGAGCAGUGACAAUCUUGCCGAGAGUGUCCCAAUUUUGGUACAAAUACACCUACAUGGAAGAAAUGUUGGAAAAUGUAGCAGGAGCUAGACAGGUUUUUGAGCGAUGGAUGGAAUGGCAACCAGAUGAACAGGCAUGGCAAACAUAUAUAAACUUUGAAUUACGCUAUAAAGAACUUGAUAGAGCUAGACAAAUAUAUGAGAGGUUUGUCAUGGUCCAUCCUGAUGUAAAACAUUGGAUAAAGUAUGCUCGAUUUGAAGAAAACCAUGGGUUUAUCAACAGUGCCAGAAAAGUGUAUGAAAGAGCUGUAGAGUUUUUUGGAGACGAAGAACUUGAUGAAAGAUUGUUCAUUGCCUUUGCAAAGUUUGAAGAAAACCAGAAGGAACAUGAUAGAACAAGAGUAAUUUAUAAAUAUGCACUGGAUCAUAUUCCUAAAGAUAAGAACAAGGAGCUUUAUAAAGCCUAUACGAUACAUGAAAAGAAAUAUGGUGAUAGAUCAGGCAUUGAAGAUGUCAUUGUAAAUAAAAGAAAAUACAUGUACGAACAGGAAGUAAUAGAGAAUCCAACAAAUUACGAUGCUUGGUUUGAUUAUAUAAGACUUGUCGAAAAUGAAGCCAAUGUAGAUGAUGUCAGAGACACCUAUGAGAGGGCUAUUGCAAAUGUGCCACCAUCAAAAGACAAACAGUUUUGGAGGCGAUACAUUUAUUUGUGGAUCAACUAUGCACUGUAUGAAGAACUAGAAGCAGAAGACAUAGAUAGAGCUAGACAAGUUUACAAAACUUGCCUGGAAUUAAUACCACACAAGAUAUUUACAUUUUCAAAAAUUUGGCUAAUGUUCGCACAACUGGAGGUCAGGUGCAAGAAUUUGAAGCAAGCUAGAAAAACAUUGGGAAUGGCUCUUGGAAUGUGUCCAAGAGACAAACUAUACAGAGGAUAUAUAGAUUUGGAGAUUCAAUUACGAGAAUUUGAUAGAUGUAGAAUUUUGUAUCAAAAAUUUUUAGAGUACGGACCAGAAAACUGUGUGACGUGGAUUAAAUUUGGUGAACUUGAGACCUUACUUGGGGAUAUUGACAGGGCUAGAGCUAUUUACGAGGUCGCAGUAGGUCAGCCGAGGCUCGACAUGCCAGAGUUGUUGUGGAAAAGUUAUAUCGAUUUUGAAGUUUCUCAAGGAGAAACUGAUAAAGCUAGACAGUUAUAUGAGCGAUUACUAGAGAGAACAGUUCAUGUUAAAGUUUGGCUUUCGUAUGCCAAAUUCGAAUUGAAUGCAGAAAACCCUGACAACAUUAACGUUGAAUUAGCACGGCGUGUAUAUGAACGCGCCAAUGAUAGUCUAAGAACUGCUGGAGAAAAAGAAUCCAGAGUACUGCUCCUAGAAGCUUGGAAAGAUUUUGAAACAGAAAUUGGAGAUGAAGAUAAACUUGAUAAGGUGAUGGCUAAAAUGCCUAGAAGAGUUAAAAAGCGACAGAAGAUCGUCAGUGAGGGAGGUGUUGAGGAGGGAUGGGAAGAGGUAUUUGAUUACAUAUUCCCUGAGGAUGAAAUGGUCAGGCCUAAUCUGAAGCUUCUAGCAGCUGCUAAGAAUUGGCGUAAAAAGCAAACAUUACCAGAAAGUAUUGAAUCAAAUACAGUUUCUGAACAAGACAAAGAAAAUGAACAUUCAGACAACUCUGGAAGUAAUGAUGAAUCAUAACUGUAUGAUUUGUAAUAAUAAAUAUUAUAGAAUAAAUAAAAAGACUUUUUUAA